AUGAACUCAGAUGCUGAAAUUAUGGCAUUCUUGUACCAAUGGAGAAGAGAAUUUAUGGAAACUAUGGCGAAGAUAUCUGAGACCAUCAGUACCAGAUUGGAUCAGUAUAACAACACAGCGGAAGAACCUGAAAUGAGAAUAGACACAGGGGAGACUCUUGGGCAAAGACAGGAGGGAAAGUUUGUAAAGGUGGAAAGGCUAAUUGUUAUGAAGAAAAACCGAAAGGAAAGAGCAGGGGGAUUUGAAGGGCAGCAUACACAGAAAACAUUUGAGGAAGUAUUGGUAAAAUCACCAAUGUUAAGACAAGAGGAGCUGAAAUUGGAAAUUGUCCUAACUGGUAGCAGCUUCUUUGUCAGGGAGCCUCCUGCCUUCCCUGACAUGAGCCAAGAUGAAAAUUCUGAGCAGGAGGGAGAGACAGCUGCAGAGAGAGAAAAUGAAAGUGAGGGGGAGGAAGGGGGGGGGGAGAGAAACACUGUCAGUGAAAACAAGCAAGCAGAAGAAGAAGGGCAGGAGUUAAGUUCUAGCAAUGAUACUGUUUAUGAGUCCCCUCGUGCAGGUUGUUUAGGGAGAAUAAGGGAAAAACGUGACACAUGUUGCAAAGCAGGAAAAGGGUGGAGCUCUUUAUGCUGGGGUCGUAAAAAGAGACUAAUCGUGCCAACAUCUAGCUCCAGUGAGGAUUGA